GAGAGAGAGAGAGAGAGAGAGAGAGAGAGAGAAUGGCCGGCAUGCAGCCGCAGGAGAAGCUUAGAGGAGGAGCAGUAGCAGCGUUGCCCUUCUUUCUCCUCUUGAUCAUGGUGUCUCAUCAGUUGGUGUCGGCCGAUCGGUUCUCGGUGGGGGACUCCAAGGGAUGGAACCCCAACGUCAAUUACACUGUCUGGGUGGAGAAGCAGAAGCCCUUCCAUGUCGGCGACUGGCUCGUGUUCUACUACCAGUCGGGGAUGGCGGACGUGGUGCAGGUGGACGAGGCCGGCUACAACAAGUGCGACGCCUCCAACCCCAUCUCCAACUACAGCAAGGGCCGCAGCUACGCCUUCGAGCUCAACCACACCGGCCGCUACUACUUCAUCUGCAGCCGCGGCUACUGCUACGGCGGGAUGCGCCUCGCGAUCGCCGUCGAGCACCUCCCCCCUCCUUCCCCUCCCCCGUCCUCCCUCAAGGACUCCUCCGCCGCCGCCCCCUGCCGCCUCCUCGCGCUCACCGCCUCCCUCCUGGCCGCCGCCCUCUUCCCCUUCCACCUCUAAGCCAUGGAUCUACAGAACAUCUCCAUUGUUCCACCCUUGCUUACUUUACCCUCAAUUUAUGGUGGACCGAGAAGGCCUGUAACUAUGCGUCGGCGAUGAGCUCGUCUCACGUCAUUUGAUUCACAAUAUGCAAACUCGUCAAAACCUUCAUUGUCUUUA